ACACGCGAAUCUACACAUGUGUAUGGCAUCGAAUGAGUUUCAGUACAUACGCGUGAACUAAAGUAGGGAGAACAUCACAAUUGAGCACCGCGAUGGGCUGAUCCAACUACCGUCUUGGGGUAUAUGCCCUUUUCAGCUUCUAGAAUCUCAGCCUUUAACUAUGACCUAUUCUCUUAUGACUGAUCCAAAUAUACUCUCACAUCAUCACACAACUUAUUCAUCUGUAUUAGGGGAAUAAACUUGUCAUUCCCCUUGACAAGACCGCCACCAUGAGUGUCCAAGACAUCCCCAUAUCUGUACUCUCUAAGAUACAGUCGGUCAUCCAAAGUCGUGAUGGAUUACCCAUACCGGCUGCGUUUAUACAAGACAAGAUAGGCGCUAUCUCCGGUAAGAUAGCGAGCGGUAGCUUCGAGGACCUCAACCUUAACGAUGCCGGGUUCGUUGCAGGCGCUUUCUUGCUUGGCUACACAGUAUACGGUUUGCUGCUAGCCUUAUAUCGCGUCACCCUGCACCCUCUAGCAAGGUUUCCAGGCCCUAAGAUAUGUGCGAUGACUGAGUGGUACGAGUUCUACUGCUACAUUGUCAAAGAAGGACAAUGGGGUAACGAAGUACGCAAGAUGCACGAGAAAUAUGGACCCAUUGUUCGUACUAGUCCAUGGGAGUUGUCAAUCCGUGAUCCUAGCUUCUACAAUCAGCUUUACGUGGCGGCCUCGACUCGUAGAACGAAUAUGUGGCCCCGUGGAAGAGAGGGUAACGGAUUUGAAAGUUCCCACCAUCUGUCAGUUCCGCAUGAUUUGCAUCGCUCGCGAAGAAAGCAUCUCGAGCCUUUCUUCUCGCGCCAAGGCAUCACAAGAGUGGAACACAUCAUUUCAAACGAAGCGUCAAAAUUGGACUCCCGAUUGUCAGCACUCAAGGGAUCUAAGACCAUCAUUGAGAUGGAUCACGUCUUAUCGGCUAUGACGGGCGAUGUGAUCGGGUACAUCUCUUGCGGCAUGGAGCCCGGCCUUAUGGACGACCCGAACUUCUCGCCCUCGUGGUAUGAGCUAAUGGUUAAGACGACAACUAUUGCACCCCUGUUCCGAUGCUUUACUUGGUUGAAUAAAAUGUUACAGCUUCUACCAGCCUCAGUCAUGGCUAGUGCGUACCCCAAGGGCAUCUCCAACAUGAUGCUUGGCAAGACAGGGCGUGUCUACAUCGAAAAGAUCAAGAAGGAACUAGGGAGCUCACCCAAAUCCAAGGGCAAGGAAAACUGGACCUCCGCCUUCCACCACCUCCUCUCGAGCGACAUCCCCGAGUCUGAGAAGACCGUCAAGCGGCUGCAGGCCGAGUCGAUGAUCUUCCUGCUGGCGGGCACUCUCGCGGGAGCGCACACGCUCACCUUCGUCGUCUACUACGUGCUUUCCAACCCAACUGUCGAGAAGCGUCUGAGAGCUGAAUUGGAGGGAGUCUUCGCAUCAGCGGCUGCGAAGGGGAAGAACAGAAUGCCCUCGUGGUCUGAGCUGGAGAAGCUGCCGUACUUGCGCGGAUGCCUGAAGGAAGCGUUGAGACUGAAUGGCCUAGUGGGUAACCUUGCGCGGUGCUCCCCCGACGAGGAGAUUGUCUACAAGCAGUGGAAGAUCCCGAAGAACACCCCCGUCGGCAUGUCAAUCUACGCCAUGCACAACGACGCCGCUGUAUUCCCUGCCCCCGAGAAGUUCAAGCCAGAGCGCUGGAUCGGCAACUAUGAUCCGCAGAUGGACCGGAACUUCGUUCCUUUCACCAAGGGCUCGCGAAGCUGCCUUGGUAUCAAUCUCGCUUGGGCUGAGAUGUACAUCGCCACGGCUGCCCUGUUCAGGCCUGGUGGUGCCAAGAUGAGCUUAUACGGGACCGACGAGUCGGAUAUCAAGAUUUCGCGCGACUACAUCAUGGGAUUCCCGAAGGCGGGCGCGAGAGGUGUUAGGGUUAUGGUGCAGUAGUUGAAGAGCGUAACUUGUUGUAUGGACUACUGCAGGCAGGUAUGCAAUUUUGAAUGAUGUACGAAGCACGUGUUACCUAGGUACGGUCAGAUAAUGAAAAACCCAAUUUGAUCCC